GAUGAUGCAUUAAAUAGCUUUCUUCUUCUUUGCCAAGAACCUUUGCCUUAUCUGAACUUGCGAAUCAUUUUCUUUUUCAGCAAAGUAUAUUUAUUCCGAAAGGUGCACCGGAAAUAACUGCAUGUGGAAAGUCGUGAACCUUCGCUUCCUGAAAUGUAUCAUUUUAGAUUCAGAGAAUCUCUCGGCCAUGGCUGGAUGAUAAGACACAAACAUCAAGAAUAAACAUUGGAGGACAAUUUGUCAAGUCUGUAAGCAUGUUUCCAAGAAUACUUGUACAGUUGGGUCUCCUGUAUGGACUUUGGACUCUGGUUACUGGAAACAUUACUGGAAACACGACAUGUCAGCAUCAUCCUCUGCCGCUGUUGCUUGUAUCAUUUGACGGCUUCCGAGCCGACUAUCUGCAGAGGUUCCCUAUGCACAACUUGACCCUUCUGUACAACCAAGGGGUCCUGGUGGAGCAGCUCACCAAUGUGUUUGUCACAAAAACCUUUCCCAACCAUUACAGCCUGGUGACGGGACUCUAUGCAGAGUCUCACGGUAUCCUUGCCAGCUCCAUGUACGACCCCAUCAGCCACAAGCACUUCCAUGUGAGCAACAGCAGUGACCCAAUGUGGUGGAAUGAGGCGACACCUGUCUGGCUCUCAGCAGAUCAAACAGGCUACAGGACGGGGAUUGCCAUGUGGCCUGGCUCUGAUGUGGAAAUCCACAACCAUACGCCCACACACUUCUUACCUUACAACCCUCAUGUGACCUUCCAGGAGCGUUUGGGCAAUGUGACCAAUUGGUUACUGGGAAGUGAGAAGGAGGAAGGAGUGAUGUUCGCAGCCAUCUAUUGGGAGGAGCCAGACCAUUCAGGACAUCUAUUUGGACCUGAAAAUACUACGGCCAUAGGCAAAGCGCUGAAGGAAGUUGAUGACAACAUUGGCCUGCUGAUGUCUGAACUAAAGCGGACCGGACUGUGGGGUCGCGUUAACAUUCUGGUGACCAGUGACCACGGCAUGGCUCAGUGCUCGGUCGAUCGCCUCAUCCGACUGGAUGAUUGCUUGCACCCCGACAACUACACACUGGUGGACCUUACUCCUGUCGCAGCCCUUAUUCCAAACAACAAGCCAGAGGCUGUCUUUGCCCUGCUUGAGAAGUGCCACGCCCACAUGACUGCCUAUUUGAAGGAGGCCAUCCCUGAUCGUUUGCACUACCGCAACAAUGAACGCGUCCAGCCCAUCAUACUGAUUGCCGAUGAGGGAUGGACCAUAAUACAGCGAGGGAAUCGACUGCCGAGAUUGGGCGAUCACGGCUAUGACAACUCCCUACCCAGCAUGCACCCCUUCAUGGCGGCUCGGGGACCCAGCUUCCGGAGUGGCUACCGACUGAAGACUUUGCAGAGUGUGGACAUUUACCCGCUCAUGUGCCACCUGUUAGCUGUGCCCCCGCAGCCCAACAAUGGUAGCCUGGCCAAGGCCCGCUGUAUGCUCGUGGCCGAAUGCAGCCAGGAUGUGCUGAUGAUCGCCGGUCUGGGGAUGGGUGUCUUAAUCAUGCUUGCCACAUUACCCGUUCUGUUCAAGCUAAUUGCCCGCUGGCUUUGGGCAUCAUCUCCUCGAACCUUCCAGAGACUUGAAGUGGAUCCCAAUGAUGAAGAGGAAUCUCUGCUGGAGUAACUCACCUCAAGCUUCGCCCGCUCAUGCACUUUAUCCAAUGAGGUAGGAGAACCAAAGCCAUUUAGAUCAACUAGCAGCUCAUAUUUUUUUCUGGAGUUCUACAUUGUUACUUGAAAAUCCUGUUUGAGGAGCACUGUCGUAUGAAGGAGUUCAACCUCCGUCCAUAGGCAGACACUUUGCUGCUGUUGAUGUAAGUUUUAAACCAGUCUAUAUGUUCAAAAUUAAGUUCGGUCUUCUUCCGUCUCCUUUUAUGACAAAGCAAAUUACCUUAAUUGAUCUUAUCCAAGUCAACCAAAAAUCUUGCCAAACAAGUUUCCAAGUCGUGUGUAUGCAACACACAAAAUGGCAUAAA